AUGCCUCGUCAAUCCAUACGUAAAUACCUCUUGAAUGCUGUUGAUCAGGCUGCACUUGCAUUAGCCAGGAUGCAGGCUCAGGAUAUCCUAGAUGACUGGUCAGACCUUGAGUCUGAGACUGACUCAGACUCGGACUCACUUUCCACUUCGAAUGAUGAUGAUAUUAGCCAUCUUGACGAAUCCAACAAUGUCACUAUGUCUUAUGACAGGCUCCAAGACACCAUCACUGCUCUUCAUGAUAAGGUUAAGAGGGUACAUGUACUCCACAAGCCUGAUGAACCUCCUCCACAAGCACCUCAACUUCACAUGUUGGUUCACCAUGAGGAACAUCGCCCUCACUUAUUUCAGCAGAAACUUUGUGUCAAUCCAGAGAUCUUUGACAAUAUCCUUGAUCAUAUCUCUGAUCACCCUAUCUUCCAGAACCAGUCCAACAAUCCUCAGCUCCCCAUCUCCAUCUAG